AUGUCAGUGCCAUCCAAUCCGCCACCGGCCGCUGUCGUCGCCAUGCCCUCGCCAGACUCGACACUCUCCCACAGCAUCAUCUCUGAUACUCCGGAGCAAGUCUCAAUGCCUCAAAUGGACUAUUCCUACGUCACAUGGCCCGCACCAGCAGAAUACCCACCCCCAGAUCAACCUGUUUCUGAGGAGAACGAGGUUCAGCCCUUUCCAGAUUUCCCUAACCCAGCCAACAGUCUCAUUAUCGCAAGAACUCUCCUUCUCGACAAACUCCAUCUGCGCGCCAUUUCCCAUCACCCCAGCUCGAAAUCUCUGCCCGCUCGACCCUUUGAGUCAGUCUUAUCUCGAAUUGUGAAGACCACCGGGCAUAUCAAGGAACAUGAGGACUUGACACGCUGUCGCGCUGCUGUGCCACAAAUUAUGCAGACUGGUGAGGCUCUCCGUUCUCAACGCACUGGAGGGAAUGCAGCCAAGCUGGUGAGUCUUCGAGGUGAAUACCCUGACACGUAUCACAGCAAGAAAGACCCAGAGCCCAAGCAUUUUCUCAAUACUAAACUGAAGGAGUACGCUAGAUGGGGCAUAUCGCAGGCACUGGCUUGGGAAAGAGAGUUAGGUUGGGACAUCGUCAAGAUCGCUAACGUUGAUGAGAUUCUACGAGGACAAUCGAACAGGAGACAGGCAAGACGACCACCAGGACCGUCACAAGAAGAUAUCGUUCGUGCGUUGCUGAUGCUGCGUGAGACGUAUCCCAGCUUUUACAAGUCGACUGCGCUUGUUGCGAAGAAGAGUAAGUCACAGGAGAAGAUGGCGAAGUGUGCUAAGGAGUCUACUCCUCAUCGAAGCUCGCUCCGUGGUGGUCAAGCAAGUUCCUCGGUGCAGUUGAUCAAAAGCAAGGCUAACACCCUGAUACGGCGAGUUGUUAACAAGUUCCGACUGCACCGACCAGCUUCGAGAUUGAGCAAGCGUGCAUCAUCUGCGUCGUUGGAAGCUUUCUUCAACAGUUUUUCAACACUUGAUUUGUCGCGACUGUCGGAACCCGUGGAUCUUGACACCGCAAGCAAUACUGCUCUUGAUAUAUCCAGCGCUGAAGAAGGCAAUGUCAACCAAUCGCAGACUACACCGGCCUCAAGAUCCAGAUCCAGAUCGAACACCACUGAGCAAGAAGAGUCCAAGCGACACAGCUUCGUCAUCGAACGAGGAAACGACUUUCGCGAAGAAGUCUUUGUCACUGCGCCAACAUCACCACUCGAGUCAAUGCUUUCGGCAGAAUCAUCGCCAGCUAUACCCCGAAGACGAUCUUCAUUGUCAGAGUGCUUGUUACAGGACUCACUGACCGAUUCAACUUCGUCGAUUUCAAUCACUUCGUCACUGUCUACGAUCUCUUCAAACUUCGAGAUCGGGGCGUCAACCGAAGUCACCGUGUCCAAGCCUCGUUCGCCGCCACGAGUCGUGUCGAUCAAGAAGCGGAACAGACUUCAGAAGAGACCGAGUGCUAACAAAGGUGCAAAGGUCGACCGUGAAGAGAGAAAGGGUAAGUCUCAAAGAGGUAUGAACCGAGAAUUGUCAUCCGGAAUGGGAUUGGAUGUGACAUUCUCAUUCGGACACAGUUUGUCGAAAUUGUCGAUGGCGUUUCUGGGGAAAAUUGAUCAGCUUGUGCUUGCACGUCGAGGGCAUUGA